ACUGGGGUGGGGCGGGGCCAGCCGGAGUGGGCGAGUCCAUGAGACAGGGAAGGCAGGACCAGGCCUACGCAGCGGGAGUCCCUCACUGGGCAGACGAGAAAGCAGGGGCGGUGCAGCGGGGCGAGGCGGGGCCGGCCGGCGUGGGAGGGGACUCUGCUGCUGGGGGUGGGGGCGUAUUCUGCAGCCCUACGGGCCACCUGGGUUCAGUCCUACCCGGAGGUGGCCUGCGGUGCCUGGUUCCCUCAGCUCCCGUCGCUCUGGCGGAGUCUGCGAGUCUGCGCGAUGGGCGACCCCGAGAGGCCGGAAGAGGCCGGGCCGGAGCUGCAGGAGAGGUUGUCUUCAGAUCCCGGUGAAAAUGCAGCGGAGUCCAGUGAAGAACCACUCCUGAGGAAGAGUUCUCGCCGGUUCGUCAUCUUCCCGAUCCAGUACCCUGACAUCUGGAAGAUGUACAAACAGGCCCAGGCGUCCUUCUGGACGGCAGAAGAGGUUGACUUAUCAAAGGAUCUCCCUCACUGGAACAAGCUUAAACCAGAUGAGAAGUAUUUUAUUUCUCACAUCUUAGCCUUUUUCGCAGCCAGUGAUGGAAUUGUAAAUGAAAAUUUGGUGGAGCGAUUCAGUCAGGAGGUGCAGGUUCCGGAAGCUCGCUGUUUUUAUGGCUUUCAGAUCCUCAUCGAGAAUGUUCACUCGGAGAUGUAUAGUCUGCUCAUAGACACCUACAUCAGAGAUCCCAAGAAAAGGGAAUUUUUAUUUAAUGCAAUUGAAACAAUGCCAUAUGUUAAGAAAAAAGCAGAUUGGGCCUUGCGGUGGAUAGCAGAUAGAAAAUCUACUUUUGGGGAAAGGGUGGUGGCCUUUGCUGCUGUAGAAGGAAUUUUCUUCUCGGGAUCUUUUGCUGCUAUAUUCUGGUUAAAGAAAAGAGGUCUCAUGCCUGGACUCACCUUUUCCAAUGAACUCAUCAGCAGAGAUGAAGGGCUUCACUGUGACUUUGCUUGCCUCAUGUUUCAAUACUUAGUAAAUAAGCCUUCAGAAAAAAGGGUCAGGGACAUCAUUGUUGAUGCUGUUAAAAUCGAGCAGGAAUUUUUAACAGAAGCCUUGCCUGUUGGCCUCAUUGGAAUGAAUUGUGUUUUGAUGAAACAGUAUAUUGAGUUUGUAGCUGACAGAUUAUUUGUGGAACUUGGAUUCUCAAAAGUUUUUCAUGCAGAAAAUCCCUUUGACUUUAUGGAAAACAUUUCUUUGGAAGGGAAAACAAAUUUCUUUGAGAAACGAGUUUCAGAGUAUCAGCGUUUUGCAGUGAUGACAGAAACCACGGACAAUGUCUUCACCUUGGAUGCGGAUUUUUGAAACCCUCCCCAUAGCUAAACCUGUCAUUGGUAAAUGGCAGUCCGUUC